AUGAGCCUCACAGAGCUCGAAAGGUCCUUGUCAAGACUGAGCCCCACCCACUCUGUUGUAAUAGGCGGUGAUUUCAACUUACCGGGAUGGGAUUGGAGAAACCAACAAGUCGGCAAUUGCAGAUAUCCCAAUCUCCAUCGCAGACUGGGAUCUCUCCUUGAUGACCACGGUCUCACCCAAGUAGUUACUGAACCAACCAGAUACCAGAACACACUUGACUUACUCCUUGUCAGUAAUCCAACUGUAGUCAAUGAGGUUACCGUUGUCCCAGGAGUGUCUGACCAUGAUUGCCCUCUCGUCAAGCUAAAUGUGAGACCAACCAGGCGGCUCCAGAUGAGGAGGAAAGUUUUACUCUACAGCAAAGCUCAGUGGGAGAAGUUUGGUGAGAGCAUCGAAGCAGUCAGAGAUGAGAUAGAAGCUAAAGUAACAUAUGCCUCUGUGAAUGAACUAUGGCUCAUCUUCAAGACUGGCAUCGAGAAGGGCAUCAAUGACUUCAUUCCUCAAAAGCUGACUCCACACAAAGCCAACUUACCAUGGGUGACAAAUGGCAUCAGACGACUCAUCAAGAAACGUGACAGACUGAGCAACGAGUGCAGACACCUCCGGAAGAGAGAGGGCCUCAUUCCAUAUGUUCUGGAAGAGCGGCUCCGUGAUCUCAAAAGAACACUCCAAUUCGCACUCAGGAAAGCUUACUGGAACUAUGUGGAGUCUAUCUUUACUGUUGAAGAUGAUGACGAAGGACCAGGGAAGUACAACUGCAUGAAGAGAUUCUGGCAAUUCAUCAAGAAUAACAGAAAUGACAGUGCUGGAAUUGCGGAACUCAAAUCUGACGGCGUGCUAUUCAGUGAACCUGCUGAGAAAGCUGAUGCCCUGAAUAGACAGUUCAAGAAGGUUUUUACCCAGGAAAUUCCAAUCCCUCCUCAUCUGUUGCCAGAUACUUCUGAACACGAAUCGAUGCCUGACAUAGUGAUAACCCUGAAGGGUAUCGAGAUGAUGCUUAAGAAACUCAAACCACAUAAAGCGCCAGGGCCCGAUGGGAUCACCCCACGCAUCCUGAAGCAGCUAUCCAGAGUCAUCGCUCCCAUCUUACGAAUCAUCUACAGACUCUCGUAUGACACCGGCGAGAUACCAGAUGACUGGCACAAAGGAAACGUGGUGCCUGUCUACAAGAAAGGCGACAGAACCGAUCCUAGCAACUAUCGCCCAAUCUCCCUCACAUGUAUCUGCUGCAAGAUGAUGGAGCACAUCCUUGCAAGUAGCAUCAUGAGGCAUGGCGAUGAAAAGGACAUCCUCCACCCCUCCAACAUGGGUUCCGACCUAAGAGAUCCUGCGAGCAACAACUACUAG